GUUCACGUCACGCGAGAAAGCACAGGAGCCGAGCGAGGAAAAAAAUAUCAACAACAAGAACAACAGUUACCUGCAAACCCGACCCCGAGGACAGUCCGCAGACAUGACCCACGCGUCGCUGGAGGGGUGCGUGGACUCGUGAAGGCUAUGAAUCCCUCUGAGUAUGGAGAAGUUUCAGAAGAAGCGAUGCUUGAGAAAGAACACAAGCAUGUCCAGGACGUUAAGGAGGAAUCGGAGGACUUUGCUAUUUGCGAGCCACCUGAAGGACUCAGAGGAGGGCCUCCUGGAGCCACCGAGGCCGGUAAACGUCCAUCUGCAGAGAUGGGCCCCUACACAAACCAGUCCAGCAGCAGCAAGAGAGCCAGACUCUCUGGCGAGAUGAGGCGGCACCUGAUGGAUGAGAGCGGCAGACAUGAGCCUCUCUGCCUCACCACAACUGGAGAGAAGAGGAGUUACGUCCAGCAGAAACCCAGAGCCUCCUACAGAAAGCCUCUCUUCAGCAUCUCCCACAGGAUCUCGGAGAAAAGGAACACGCCGAGUCUGGAGCAGCAGGCCGGUCAUGGUACCACGGAUCAGCUCAACUACGCCAGCAUCCUCUCGUCCAAGCUCCAGAGUUCGGAGGGAAACGGCCCGUCGGAGACCCUCCCCGCCAUAGACGCUUUAGGCCAAGCUUCGUCAACAGACUCUAGCCUUUAUCCGCUGAUUGAGAAAAUGUUCCUCAUUCUCAAUACCCUCAAUUCAAGCAUGACACAACUGCAUAGCAAAGUGGACUUGUUGACCCUUGAAGUCAUGCGAAUAAAGAAGCAGAUCAAGCCCUCCGAGAUGGUGACGGAGUUCCAGCCUCCGCCUGAAUAUCUGCUAACAAGUGACGAAUUGAAUCAGCUGAUGGAGCAGACAUCCAGCGCCGGGGAGCUCGGCUGCCGGCUGCUGGUGCACCUCUUCCCGGAGCUGUUCAAGGCCAGGGAGUGCUCCCACGAAUGCAUGGCAAGCAAGAGGACACUGGAGUCUCUCCAUCUGCAGCUGAUCCGUAACUAUGUUGAGGUGUGCUACCCUUCGGUCAAGAGCAACAGCGUCUGGCAGGAAGAAUGCCUCCAUCAGAUCAAUGACUUGUUCAAUCGCUUCUGGGCACAGAGGGACAUGGAGAGUGCUCGGCUGCUCAGGAAGCAGACAAUCACAGGUGCCGCGAUAAAGGCGGAGAAUCCUCAAACCUAUCGUUUCAUCAACGAGCAGGGCCUGGAGGAGCACCUCUCUUUAGAUAACCAGCAGAGCAGCGUGGCCGCGUCAGACCUUGCGUUCAACCAGCAAGCCACAGAGGAGCUGGACGAGUUCUCCUCACCCGAGGACUUUGUCGUUUUUCUUAUGCACCGUCUCUUCCCCGAGGUUUUCGAGGAAGGGAAAAUGCCAGAAGGCUCCAGCCGCUUCAGUAGUGUGGGGCAGCUGAUUCUGGACUCGGACAAGAUGGAAAUAAUAAGGAAGUAUAUGGAAGCAAAUUUUCCCGAUGUGCCUGAGGACAGCUGGCUCCAGGUGUGUAUUCAGCACAUGGAGGAUGCUCUCGAGGGUCCUCACAGCAGUGGCAAUGGGAGCGAACCUGACAAUAUCAACGACGAGGGCUAUGACCUGGCCAGCCUUCCCGAGGACGUUUCUAUUAUUAAGGUUCCAGAGGUGGGUGAUUGCGAAAGGCCCGGUCGCAAGGCCAAAAAGUCGCUGCUUACGCCUGUGGAUUUUGACAAUAUCGAGAUUCCUCUUCCUGAUUUCACUGUUCCUGAGGAGUACCUCUUGUCCAGGGAGCAGCUGAAGAACAACUAUGAAUGUAGCCUGUCCAUCGGGAACUUUGCCUCUCGGCUGCUGGUGCUCAUGUUCCCCGAGCUCUUCACCCAAGAGAACACUCGGAAGCAGUACAACUGCAGCGGCUCUCUUGGUAAAAAGCAGCUCGACCCCGUUCGCGUGAACCUCAUCCGUCACUACGUGCAGUUGGUCUACUCGCGGGCCAAGAACGACCGAGUGUGGAUGCUGGAAUUUGUGGGCAAGCUUGAUGAGAGGUGCAGGAGACGCGACACGGAGCAGAGGAGGUCCUACCUGCAGCAACGCAAAGUGUACGGUCAAGAUUCAGAGCAGGACUUUCUUUGCCACCUGAACCAGCUCAAUCCAGAUAGCAUGAGGGAGGACCAGGAUACUCCCUCUUUACCUCCUGAGAAAAGUAGCAAAGACUUCUGUAAAAUCCCCCUGGACGAGCUGACUGUGUCCACGCCGGACUUCCCUGUACCUUCCAUCUACCUGCUCUCGGACUCUGAGGUACGGGAAAUAGUCCAGCAGAGUCUCUCUGUCGGGAACUUUGCUGCCCGCUUGUUGGUGCGCCUCUUCCCUGAGCUCUUCACUCAGGAGAACCUGCGGCUCCAGUACAACCAUUCGGGGGCCUGCAACAAGAAGCAGCUGGACCCAGUCCGCCUCAGAUUGAUCCGUCACUACGUGGAGGCGGUGUAUCCUGUGGAUAAGAUGGAGGAGGUGUGGCACUAUGAAUGCGUGCCGAGCAUCGACGAACGCUGCCGGCGACCCAAUCGCAAGAAGUGCGACAUCCUUAAGAAGGCCAAGAGGUCAAGCACUGUGUCCUAGUUACAGUUUUCAGUUAGGCAAUAUUCGGUUCAAAUAAAAAAAAUAAUAAUAAUUGCACAGUAUAUAAACUGAAAGUGCUUUGAUGAACUUUUUCAAACUGUCCUAUGUAGGAUGAAGCCAAGCUGUUAUGAGUUUCUUCAGCGCUAUUCUUAGUCCUCUUUUACCUUGUGACUACAGCAGUAGAUGUUGUAGUUUAUGUAGUCUUAUUAUUGUUGGAAAAGAAACUGCUUCUAUUUAUAAGCCCAGACGGCCAUAGCUCAUCUAACAAACUUUCUUGAUAAAUGUUGUAGCCUUAAAAACGAUAACGAUGAUAGUAGCUAAUAGCGUAGGCAACAUAUUUGCUCUAUGGAUAGAAAUGAAUCACGAUGAAGUGAUAUGUUUCCUUUGCAGUUACCGAUGUAGCAUUGUGCCACCACUGUUUUAAUAACAAUGUGCUUAUGUUAAGCCUUCUUAUAGAAGUUUAUAUUAUAAAAAGACAAUUUAACAUGACAAUGGAUCAUGAUAACCUAUUUCUAAUAA